UCCCUCUCACAAAUGAGAAUUGAACUUGAGCCGACAGGCUGCAUUUUAAUAAAGGAUAAGCAAAAACCAACUAAUAAAACAUAGAUGAGGCCCACAACAAGCACUAUGCUUCAGCAGAAUAACAACAACAACUACCCGUGCCUGAGCAUGUCAGGCUCUAGCCGGGAGAUGCUCCAGAAAUGCUCCAGAGCCUCUCUGCCCUUCCCCAGCCGACUGGAGCUGGGACUGGCAGAUCUGCCGCUCAUUCGGGGUCUCCGUGCCUGGGCCCUGUGUUCCAGGAAUCGCCACAAGACUGCUAAUCUGCUGGGAGGAGGACAAGCACCCAUAGCUCCUCCUGCAGGUCGAGGAAGUUCAGCGUCCUGCCCCAGGCCUGCAGAUGUUUGCCUGAGUGGCGAGUGGGGUCGCAUGGGAUAUGGGCUUCCGCUGGGGGUGGACAGUAGGCAGGCUGGAAUCGGAGCUUUGGUAACAGUUGCCACUCUGAAGACCUCAGAGGGCAGCGGGAAGACUCAGACUCAGUGUUUGUUCCUCCGGACUGAGAAAGGAAGCUGUUUGUAUUCAGCAGCUAAGCCCAACUCUGGAGUGACAACCGGUGCAGCAUCCAGCGUGGUCGGAGGAUGGCUGAGAGGAAAGACUGGAGUAGGAGGAGGACGCAGAGACACUCCAGCUGGGCCAACUCCACCGGCACAGACUGGAGCAAACCGGGUUAGGGUGCGAUCGGGGCGGAGAUGGAGGAAGUCUGGCAAUGCAGCGUGCCGGGAGAAAACAGGCGUGAGCAGAGAGAGGCAGCAGAGGAGCAGGGAAGUUCCUGCUGGUGAAAUCGCUGUGGAAGAAAGGCAGGAAGAGCAAGACAAAGGAGGCCUGGACUGUAAACAGUUUCCCACCCCACAGCAGGACAGCUGGCGAGCCCGAUGCAGCCACAGCGUUUCUCCUAAAUCCUGCGUCCAGUGUGGAAGGAGAGCACAGAGGAGGAAAAGCCAGGAUGGACACGAGGGAGGCAUCCCGAACAGGCUGAACAGUGAGGUGACGGGAAUGAGGAAGGAAAGGCAAAAGAAUGAAGAGGAGGAUAAGGGAGACCUCGGCAUGUUAGAGUCUUCCAGCUCUGUUUUGACUGAACUAAACCCUGACCUAGAAUCUACUCGUUCUUACAGUGACUCCCACGACAGCUGCGAUGUGGGAGAAACGAGAGAAACUGAGAGCAGCGAGGGGCAGAAGACACAAGCUUCUCAGAGCAAGGAUGGCUAUUCAGAGGAACAAGAGGACAGAUACACUGAAGGAGAUAUCGUCACCCAUGGACAUUCUGGGUUGACUGAUAAUUUAAGACAUAAGAACAGCGUUACUGAGGGAAAACCAAGUGAAUGUCCCCGUGAAGAAGAAGAAGAAGGGGCUAAUGUAAACGGAUUUUCUGAUCUCAAUGAAGCAGGUGAAGAAUCAGAGAAAAGGGCUGAGUGUGCAGAUGUUAAAGAUGAAAAGGAGAACGUCAGCGAGGCUCUUGAUGAAUUCUCCAGCUGGUGUGCAGUCUUUACGCCUGCCUCCAGCAGCACUGCAGUCUCCCUCAGUUUCAACAAGUCAGCCGCACCCAUAGAGGGCAGCGUGUGCAGUGCUGACCGUGAAACUUGUUGGGUUCAGGCUGAGCAGGAGAAUCACGUUGAGGGGUAUCAGCAAGAGGAAGAAAACUCUGGGGUCGCAGGUGAAGAAGAACAGGCCAAUGAGAAAACCACUGUGAAUGAGGUAUUACAUAAUAAACCUCAAUCUGUGUUUAAAAAUGAGGAGGAAGUGUUACCUUCACCCCUCACAGAUGGAGAUCAUUCCAUCUGUGAGUCAGGCGAGAGGAUUGUGGCAGACAAGAGCAGCAAAUGUGGGACGAAAGAUGAGCCGGAGUCAGAAGAAGGAAAUUUAGAAGAGAGCCUCAAUCCUGAACAUGGAGACGGAGCUGGGGAAAUUCGGAAGUCGGAUGAAUGUAAAGGAGAAGUCACACUCAAAGAUAAUAAUGAAGGGACAGAGAUAAACUGUGCUUCAGAGGAAGACUGGAGGUUACAGGAGGUUGAAGAUGAACACAGGAAGUGGGAGGAGGAGGAUGGAUACACCUGUGCACAAACAAGCAAUGCUCCUGUUGAACCAAGUGGAGAGACUAACAUCACUAACACUGCCUGCACCAAUCUCCCCACCUCCCCUGCGCUCUCCCAGGCUAAUCCUGCCCCUUCCCUGCCCACCCUGGGAUCCAUGGCAACCGGCCUGCCCUGUCAGGAGAGGGAGGAGGAGGCAGUCAGUGCAACAGCAGGAGAUAGAGAAGGAGGCCAAGAAGGGAAGAGAAGAGAGCUGGAGGAGCAGGGUGAGGUGGAGAGUGGCUCCACCGUGGCCACUGACGAAGGGAGGAAGGAGGAGGAGGAAGAUGAGUUUGGAGUGUUCAUGCAGGCGGAGGGAGAACCAGCCUGGAGCGAGGAGUUCACCAUGUCUGCCUCAGUGCCUUGUGGGAGCAGAGAGAGUGUUGCACUUGGAAAGCAUGCUAUCACCAGUGAGUCGACCCUCUGGACGCCAGGCAAGACGGACAGCUCGUUCCACCAGUCAGACGACACCUGGACAGCCUUCCCUCAGGAUUCAUCAGAUGAAGGUGGAGACGUUGUGGAGCAGUGGUGGCCAGCCAGUGCUGUGGAGGAGAGGAGAGACAGACUCUCAGCCAAUCAGAACCUGGCGGCUGUCUUUGCUGAAGCCUUCCCCUCAUUUACUGGUUCGUCCUCAAGUGACUCCUGUGACCUCAGUACUGUUCCCACACUGAGCCAGCUCCUCAGAGGCGGAGCAAGCCAAGACCAGGGGCUGUUGGACAGUUUCCACGACUUGAACAAAAUGAUCGGCCAGAGAUACAAGAGAGCCAACGGCGUGUCUCGUAACCUGCUGCUGAAGACUUUACACCUGGAGCAGCCGCACACUGAAAGCAGACCUGCUUCCUCGACAGCAAACUGCCGCCUCUCCCCUGGCCUCCCCUCAGCCAAUCAGCAUGCUCAACAUGCCGCUGCUAAGCGACGGCUGUCCUAUGACUACAACAGGAACAUCAUGGAGUAACUCUGUGGACCUCAGCUCUGGUUUGGCUGUCAGCAUUCACAAUGAAGGACUCCAGGUUUUAACAUGUUUCCCGAGGCGCCGGAUUCACAGCAUGUUAAACUGCAAGUCAAGCACUCAUCGACCUGCUGACUCUUUGCACACUUCCUGGUUAUUUAAGCCUGAGACAGUGAGGAGAGCUGGUGUCUCAUCCACCACCUGCUGAUGUAUACUGGGGGAGUGUUUUUUUUAUAUCACGUGUUCAUCACCUUGUUCACUAUCACCACUACCAACCGUUAAGUCUCCACCUUAUCUACUGAGAUUCUUUGGAGCAUUGUGACCUGUUACAGGGUACACGCCGCCACCUUAAAGGCACUCUAAUUUAUUCCUCCAUAAACAGAAAUAGAUCUGAAGUACCACUGCUUUUUGUCUCAAGGGAAGAAUAAAUAUAAAGGAGAUAAAACUCACAUGGGUUGAACUUAAAUAAUAAAAAUAAAUAUUUAAGGCAGAAGAAGUCACUUUGAUGAGUGACGAAACGUUUCUCCCACUGAAAUCGCUACGUCCAGAUGAACAGAAUCAACCUUUUGGGGUAUAUAAGACAUCAUUUUACACACAUUGGCGGCCCUGUUAGUCAUGAUUUUGGAAAGCUGACAUGCCGGUUGUUUAGCUUUCAUUUGCAGUCUCUCUUUUUUGUCGUGCAGAUAUGGACGAGUGUAAUUGGGGCAAAAAGUUAUUGCCUCCAGUGUUGCUGAUCUAACAGACAAAUAAAAUAAUGUUGCACUACACUACAGUUUAAAUUUGAAAUAGAUUUUUUUUUAUGAAAAACUGGCAUUCUUCAUAUACUAUAUGCUGUAUACUGUAAGCAUAUUCAUAGAAUAUGUCAGGCUGAAAGGGGAAGAACAUCUGAGGUUAUUGGUUAAGUUUCAAGCCAUUUAUAACUCAUGAAGACACAGCUUUACUUCAUGCAAGGGGCCUUUAAGGCUUCUCCUUAUUUCCUGUCAUGUAUAUACUCUUACAUUGAUGGAUGCUCAUGUUAAACAUGGGUUCAAAUAUUGAGCCUAAAGAUCUGACAUCAGACUCCUCCAAACACAGUUUUAUUUUCUACUUUUUUCCUGCAUAUCAUUUCAGUCACACAGGUGUGGCUGUGAGCACUAAAGCCCCACCUACCUGUGUUCAAACCAAUCAGGAGAGGCUCUAAUACAGCUUUCAGACGGAGUAUGAGCUGGGCGGCUGCAUCAAUGACCAGUGUGAAUUUUGAAUGAGCAGAACAGGUACAAGACUAACUGUGUCAGCAUGACAUUUUAAAUUACCCAAGCAUCUGUGCUUUUCAGCUAUUUCAAAUUGGACUAAUAAGUGAUUGUGAUGGAGCCAUACAUGUCUGUAUUAUCGAGUGCCAAGUCAGGUAAAUGGGAACUAUCCAGAAAACUAGAUUUGUAGUUAUAUUUCCAGCCACGUUUUAUGAAAGUAGCAUGAAGUUCCAGUCUACUUCCCGGAAAAGAUCUCUGGGUUUAAUUAGAGAAGAAGACUCAAUGACACGAUGCUUGUUUUUGUUCUGUAGCUCCAUUAAUGUGGUGGCCUGACCCUUUGUAACAGCUUCACUCCUCCUCAGUUUUCCUGUCUGUAGCAGAAACCUCUACAGAUGUCACCAUCACCUGGAUUCAUGCACACGCUCAGUAGAAGUAACAGAAAAACCUUUUGUCUAGUCGUGUCAUCACACAGAAGAUCAAAGUUGAGCAUUAUUAUUUUUUUCAAAAGCCUAGAGCAGAUAUAAUAAUGAGUACUAAAGAAAGAUCAAGAUUUUUUUGUUUUAAUUUUGUUUACAUUUGACAUAUUGAUGCAUGUGCUUUCAUUGUGUAUUUGCUACUGAAAAGCCAGUGACAGGAACAGGUCUCAACUUUGUUCUGGUUCCUCAGAGAAACAAGUUUGUCUUCCAGUUAGUGCCAACAGAGAAAGUGCCAAUGUUUACGAGGUUGAGGAAGUGAUUUCAGGAGGAAAUGUUUGUCUUGUUUCUCAAACACACUGAAGUGGACUCAAACAAAAGCAUGUGAUGUUCCACCUUUUUCUUUCUUUCUUUGUCUUUCUGUCUCGCUUCUUGUCUGCCGAAUGUUUCAGUGCAUUCGUUUUAGUUCAGCGCUGUUCUGUAGUCGAGUCCACUUCAUGGGCAAAACUUGAAUUUAGCUGCCAGUCAAAAUGAUAUUUUAUGAGAAUAUUGUUCACAUUAUGCCGAUCAUGCGCCGCGUUUCUAAUUUGUGUCACCUCAGAAAACUUUAAGUCGCUCUGUUGUGUAUUUCAAUUGUUAACUCUGUCAUCUGUGAUGAAAUUCAGAAUCAGUCGUGUGUGUGUGUGUGUGCGUGUGUGUGUGUGAGUGCCCGCCAUUUAUACAACAUUCAAAUUCUUGAAAAAAUUGGAUAUUUUCUGUCACAAUGAGGAGAAUCCAGCUGUCGCCUUGUUGACUGAUGUAAUAAAAUGAUACUGCGUGUUG